AUGUCUUUGCCUCCGGUCUACAUUGUUUCCUCUGCCCGCACCCCGGUGGGCUCGUUCUUGGGAGCUCUGUCUUCCCAGACUGCUGCCCAGCUCGGUUCUCACGCUAUCAAGGGCGCAUUGAACAGGGCAGAAAACAUCACGGCCGCCGAUGUCGAGGAAGUGAUUUUCGGAAAUGUCUUGUCGGCUGGUGUUGGACAAAACCCAGCCAGACAGGCUGCUCUCGGUGCUGGUCUUAACGACACCGUCGUCUGCACGACCGUAAACAAAGUCUGCGCCUCUGGUCUCAAGGCCAUCAUGCUCGGCACCCAGGCCAUCCAGACCGGCGCUGCAGACAUUAUCGUCGCCGGCGGCAUGGAAUCCAUGUCCAACACCCCUCACUACAUCACCAACAUGCGCACUGGCGCCAAGUACGGCCACCAGAACAUGGUCGACGGCAUCAUGAAGGAUGGCCUGAUGGAUGCCUACGGCAAGCAGGAACUCAUGGGCCUGCAGGCCGAGGAAUGCGCCCAGGAGUACGAGUUUACUCGCCAAGACCAGGACGAAUACGCCAUUCGCUCCUACCAGAAGGCUCAGGCUGCGCAGAAUGCUGGUCUUUUGGACGGCGAGAUCGUCCCAGUUGAGCUCCCUGGAUUCAGGGGCAAGCCAGGUGUCACCGUCUCACAGGACGAGGAACCAAAAAACCUCAACCCAGAUAAGCUCAAAGCAAUCAAGCCUGCCUUCAUCCCCGGCACCGGCACCGUGACCGCACCAAACUCGUCGCCCCUCAACGACGGAGCCGCCGCCGUCGUGCUCGUGUCUGAAGCUAAGCUGAAGGAACUCAACCUGAAGCCCAUCGCCAAAAUCCUGGGCUUCGCCGACGCUGCCCAACAGCCUAGCAAAUUCACUACCACCCCGGCCCUCGCGAUCCCCAAGGCUCUGCAGAAAGCCGGUGUUUCGCAGGACGCCAUUGACGCCUUUGAGAUCAACGAGGCUUUCAGCGUUGUCGCGCUCGCCAACCUCAAACUGCUUGGACUGCCCGAGGACAAGGUGAACAUUCACGGAGGUGCGGUUGCUAUUGGUCACCCUCUGGGAGCCAGCGGUGCUCGUAUCAUAGCCACUCUUUUAGGAGUUUUGAAGGCUAAGAACGGCAAGCUUGGAUGUGUUGGUAUCUGCAAUGGAGGCGGUGGUGCCAGCGCUUUGGUGCUGGAAUCGCUCCAGUAA